AUGCGUUCUAGCGUCAUAUUACCGCUCUUUUUCAUCACUGCGACAAAUGCCGACUUUGCUUUCAAUUCUAACACAGGUAAGUAUACAAUCUUGUGUUUUGAAUGAGGCUUUAUUCAUUGCGAGAUUUUGUUACAAGCUUCAGAAAAAUAUGUUUUUUUUCAGAAUUCAGCUAUCCACUAUAUUUCAACUUCAAGAUUGGUAACGACAACAGCGAUGUGAAGGUUCAAGUGGACACAAAUCGCCCAUAUACCUUGGUUUUGCACGAAGAGUGCUUUCACUGCCCAAUGUACUUCAAAGAUAACUAUCGCUAUUCAGAAAAGUAGGAAUACGCAACUCAAGAACUUGGAUUAAUAUUAAAAUUUUAGAAAAACUGGCGGAUCUUUUGUGGAGAACUUCACAUCACCCUCUGAUGGCAUACGAGAAGGAGCAUUUUACAGCGACAAGCUCAAGUUUAGCACACUGAGUUUGGAUGUAAAACUGGCCGUUGUAAGCAACGGAUACCCAUCUAUUGAUUAUUAUCCCGGAGUUCUCGGUCUAAAGCCCAGUACUGAUGAUGAGAAAAGUGUUGUAAAACGGUUGAUGAAUGAGCUCUCGGAGCAGCAGAUUGUCAUCCAAGACGGGCGGCAUUAUGUGUUGAAGGUGAGAGCUUGACCUUCUUCUUUCUAGACUCACGGACAUCUCUUGAUACCGUACACAUUACAACAAGAAAGAUCGCGCGAAAAGUGACGACCGUUCUGCAAAAAAAUAAUUUAUUUCAUGCGGCUGUGGCAAAACUUUUUGUUCUCUGGUCACGCUUCUCAUUUGGGGUGCUUUUUUGCCGGAAAAAAUCUUAUAAUAUCUCUACGGUAUCCCCAAAAAUUUACUAAUGAAAAAAAGAAAAUGUCAAAAAAAGCCAUGGCGUUUUUGAUUUGAUCAUUCUCUUUGUGACAUCAUAACAACGUAGAGAAACGUUUUAUUUAUAGGACUUUAGAAGAGUUCGUGACGAUAACUUGGCCUCCAUUUCUUUCGGGAAAUACGAAGGAGAUGCCUGUGGGAACUUUACCUUUACCAAGACACUCGACAAUUCCUCUUGGAGGAUCAGGGCUGAGUAAGUCUCCUCUUAUUGUUGGUUUGUAUUCAAUCAAAUUAAACUUCAACAAACGUAAAAGCUCGUCCAUUUCCAAGAUGGGAGUUUAGUCAUCACUUUCGACAGUUUCAUAUUUCAGUGUAACCGUUGACAGUAAACUGAGACCGAACCAAACAAUCGCCUUCAAUGUGGGCGGAGAGACGUUGUUCCCAAAGGAUUUAUUCAGAGACAGAAUCGAUAACAAGACGUUCGCAAAGCAAUCGGAACUCCCAACGAUCAGUUUCAAAAUCGACGAUCAAGUCUACCAAAUAACCCCUGAGGAUUACGCGACGUUUGUGGACGACGUAAGUCGCUUCUCGAAGACAAAAGCCUUGAACAUUUAGUUGGUCAAAUACAAAGGGGACGUCAGACAUAUACCCGAUGGUUCCGACGCUGACUUUGUCUUCGGAACCGACCUUCUACAACAUCAUUGUCUCGCAUUGACGGCCAACAAAGACUUCACGGAGCUGAGGAUCGGAUUUGCCCCAAAUUAUGGAAGAAAACCGUUGGCAAGGGAUCUGGGAGUGCUGGACAAAGGUGCGACCGCAUACUCUUUAUCUGUGAUUAUGGCCGGUGUCUUUAUGGCUCUUUUGAGAUAAAAAAAAAUGGGCUCACGGCUCAAAUGUAUUGAAAUAAGCAUUAUAAAGUGUAUCAAAUGAUGGUCAAAUUAAACCUUUUUUAACUUAUAAAGAUCCGCUAUUUAAGUUUUUAAAAAUUUUAAGUUUUUUGCGAGUCACUAAUAAGAUUGUAAGAAUAAUUCUUGUAAUAUUUAAGGAAAUAUACAGAAUAACCGGUUCCCCAGAUCUCAUCGUUUGGCUUCUCAGGUUUGAGCCUUCAGCUUCACAGUCAUUGACCUCUUAAAAGAGAAUUAUUGUUCUAUUUAGGCCACAGACUCUACGUUUCCACCUCUUCACAUGUUUGUGGCCAAACAACUCUUCUUCAAAAUUGAUAAUAUUUGUUAUAUCGCGCUCAAAAGUAUACGAAAAGAAUCCAAAAUUAACAUUUUGGGAUGAGGCAACGUUUGCAUGAUGAUCUUGGUUCCUUCAUUUCGCAGAGCUGCAAGGAUUUACCCCAAAUCAGUUUGUAGUUUUUGGCGGUAUAUAAACCAGGAUAUAGCAAACGAGAUAACAGUUCAGUAUCCUUGUUGGUAUUAUAUUUUGAAAUGAAAUCCUUUUUAUCCCUAUUCCUGUUGGAUACCAUAGUCGCCGACUUUGUCUUACGGUAUAAUGAUGCGCAGGGAAUCCUGCGGCCUCCUUACAUCCCACUUUCUGUUGGCGGUGAUAAAAGGCCGGCCAAGUUUCUCCUCGAUCUGGAAUCAGCCGAUUCUUUCGUCUUCGGAAAGGCCUGCAGAAAACCGAUGUCUUGCAGCAUCAACGAACACAAAUACGUGUACUCGCCCAGGACGGAAAAAUCCGGACCCUUUGGCGUUGUGAUGAAUGGAGGGACAUUCACUGGAGAUCUGCAUGAAGACUCGUUGAAAAUUGGAAACUUGAACAUUGCGCUCAGCCUGGGCGUGAUCAACAAUGGAUCGAGGGACGCUAAUGUGAACUGGGAUGGUGUUCUCGGAUUGAGACCGGAUGGCGGAGAUGGGAGCAGCACUGUGAGCAAAAUCAUGAGGAAUCUGAGCGCGAAACAAAUCAUCAUUCAAGAAGGAGUUCAUCCAGUUCAGAGGGUAGGCUUACAAUAUUGGGAGUUCAAACCAUUACAGAGCUUGCCAAGACACAGCAAUCGGCAGAGCUGAAUCUUGUUAGUAGUUGCGAAGAUGCAUAGGUCCAUUGCCAACUGAUUCAACAAUGAUAUUUCAGAAAGACAAGCAGAUGCCGACUCGUUCUAUGGGCGCGGUAACCUUUGGGAUCUAUCAAGACAACCAGACUUGCGGAAUCUUCAACAGAGUCAACACUGCGGACAACAUUAACUGGAAUAUCAUUGCUAAGUAAGGCCCCUUGAACCUGAUCAAACAAAAUUUCAGUGUUAAAAUUGGCAAUCAACUGCUGAGAUUGCAAAGAAUCGCGUUUCUUCCCGGUAGAUCGACUGAAAUCCCACAUCCAUUUUUGGGGAAAUACUUUAAGGAAGGGGGAGACGAGAGUGAUCAGGAUUAUCCGAGCAUCAGCUUUGGAAUCGGAAGUGUCAGCUAUACGAUUACAAAGGAAGACUAUGCAUCUUACAACGCGGGCGUAAGAGAACAAUUCGAUUUGUGACGACUAUGUCAAAUUUUAGGAUCAAAAAUACAGGCCAUUCUUGAACAGUGCCAGGGGAAAGGACUACGAUUUUGGAUUUGGAAGUGAUUUUCUCCAACAUUACUGUCUAAUCCUGCUGAAUGAUCGCGGAACUUUGCAAGUUGGAUUGGCUGAAAACAAUGGGGCCAGUCAGAAGAAGAACUAA